UAUUGCUUUGACAACCUGUUGCCCGGAAGUGUGUAUACUGUUGAAGUGAGCAGUGUUAGUGGAGACAGGCGAAGUUUACCUGCUGCUCUAAACGCUAACACACUUCCAGAACCUCCUGACGACCUCACUUUCAUUGAACAGGAAGUGAGCAGCAUGUAUGUGAUGUGGACACACCCACCGGGCAACGUGGAUGGUUACAGGCUUCAAUAUGGCUUUGCGGGUGACCUCCCUCUGCAGCACCGGGUUGAUCUUCAUGGCAACAGUGUUAGGAUUCAUGACCUGACCCCAGGAAGUGAUUACAGGUUUGAGAUCCAGUCCUUCCUGGGGUCAGAUUUCAGCCAGACCACAUCCCAAAACAUCUCUACUAGGCCAGCAGGUGUAUGUUCACUCUCUGUGUCUCACGUCAAUGGGACAUCUGCCACAGUGUCAUGGAAACCAGCCACUGGUCAUUUUGAUUUUUAUAGAGUGUCGGUCAGCAACAUCUCUCAUAUCUGGACAUUAGAUGUGAGUCCACACUCGCAGGAGGUCUCUGUCAGCAGCCUGUGGAACGGCUGCUCCUACAACAUCACUGUUCAACGCUUCAGAAACAACAUCAGUGGCACCGCUGCCACAAUCACCAUAUGUACAGUCCCUGCCAGUCCUGUGGGGUUGCAAGUGAUAAGCAUGUCACCUCGUGCUUUCUCACUCCACUGGUUGGCAUCACCUGGAUGUGAUAUGAACUACCUGGUCCAACUGCAUCCUGACCACGGCAAUAUCAACAUCACUACCACAACAGACAGUGGAGUGCAGGCUCAAGUGUCCAGUGUAACCCCUGGAACAUCAUACACUGUGACGGUCAAUGCAGUGGCCUCGUCAGGGUUCAGCUCACCUGUCAGCCGAAUACUCGUCACCACUAAUAUAUCCUUACCUGCAGCCCCCUCUAAGCCAGAAGGUGAGCGGGUCGGUUCCACUGGGAUCCUGCUGUCCUGGCGGAUGCCAUUGCCUCUCGACUCUUCAAUUCACUCGUUUGUCAUCAGAUACAAGGAAAUGUGUCCAUAUCCCGACCCUACCUUCACUGAGGUCACCAAGAGCCUGGAUAUCCCAGAAACCCUGCUGAACACACUCACCCCUGGAGCUACAUACAACAUCAAGGUUGCAGCAGUAAACAAAGCAGGAGUUGGACCUUUUAGCCAGUCUCUGUACUACAAAACUGCAGAGGCCCCCCCUGGUCUGGUGUCAAACCUCACAGCGUUCGCAGAGGAUCACACAUCAGUGUUAGUGACCUGGUUUCUCCCCGUACGCAUUAAUGGUCUCAUCACUAAGUUUGCAGUAAAAGUCAAACAUGCUCGAACAGGCCAGAUCGUCCGUACGCAGGUGCUCAACGCAGAGGACAUCAUGAACGGAGCCCUGCCUCACUGCAACGACGCAGCAGACAUCUUAUCUCGUGGAACUCCAAGCCCGUCUGUGUCUUCCCAGUUGACCUCUGCUGUGUUGCCCACUGUUACGCUCUCAGCCGUACCUCCCGCCUUCAUCUGGAGUGUUCCAAUUAGUGUGAAGAUCGAUGAGCUCCGCCCCUACACUCCCUACGUGUUUGAAGUCUCCGCCUUCACCAGUGAUGGGGAGGGACAGAUCGCCAGCACUAUGGUCCGCAUGCCAGAGGCUGCCCCUGAAGACCCACCACAAAGCGUAGUUUUCAGAAACAUCACUUCUAGAUCUCUGUCGCUAUCUUGGGACCCUCCAAAGAUCACCACAGGACGGUUCAGUUACGUCAUCCAGCUCCACAGCUCUGAAGGGUUUAUUAGUGAGAACAACACAAUCGAACAGGCGUUUAUGUACACUGGACUGACUCCAUACACACAAUACUACAUCCAUGUGAUGGCCAAAUCAGCAGGGGCCACAGGACCGGCAGCAGAGAUCAACAUUACAACACUAGCAGAAGCCCCAAGUGCAGUGUCUCAUCUGACAGCUGAGGCUGUGGACUCCACAUCUGUCCGUCUGUCCUGGAGACCCCCGAGCCAACCGAACGGACUAAUCACACACUAUCGGAUACUAGUGUUAUACCACAGUACUCUUGUGCAGGACAUCACCCUGCGAGGACAGAAUGCUCCACUUCGUCGUAAUGCAAGGUCACUAGAAAUCACUACGUCAUCUGCAUUCAUUCUCACCUCACACAGAACGUUUCCCACUUUGGGUCGUGAUUUUACAAACACUGAUACAGAACUGACCUCUGACCUUCCUCUGACCCCGAGCACCCCCCACACACCUCCACCCUGGCUCACAGUGACCCAUGACCGAACUGAUGUAUCUGUUAAAGCUGAGACUGAGGCUGUAACUCAGGAACCUUUGACUGAACUUUCAGCUGUCACUCGAGGAACUGACCAACCAACAUUGGUUAACUUAAGCCCCUCCCAGCCCCGUCGUUCCACUAGGGCGGUGGCCACAGACUCCACCCAGCAGCAGACAAACCCCUCAACAAGAGCUGCCACCACUAUUGGAAUAGAGGUCCUACCUGCCACUGAGGAGACAGCAGACCUGUCGUCUGAUCACAUCAUGUAUAUUGUUAGAAGACUGAGUCCUUUCACUGAGUAUACAUUUAGUGUGACAGCAAAAAACAUAAUUGGAGAAGGGCCUUCCACAGAAGUUACAGUGAAAACAACUGAACAAGUGCCCAGCUCUGUUCAGAAUGUGUCCUAUCAGAACCUGACCUCCACCUCCAUCCGUGUUACUUGGGAGCCGCCACUGAACCCUAACGGCAAGCUAACUCACUACACUGUAUAUGCACAAAAUCUCCUUACAAACCAGCAAUUACGACAGACGGCGGACAGCACCACUGAAGUGCUCACAGGUCUGGACAAGUACAGUAGUUAUAAGGUACGUGUGGCCGCUUCCACCGCCGUGGGGGAAAGUCCACUGACAGAUGAAGACUACAUCUUCGUUAUGACACUAGAGGAUGAGCCGGAUUCACCCCCACGGGAUCUGGCCGUAGUGAAAACCACCUCCUCCACUGCUUCUCUCAACUGGUCUCUGCCAGAGAAACCCAACGGCAUCAUCCGCCUGUAUGAGGUCACCUACACCAACGGCACAUACAGCAACACAGUCAACAGCACAUCAACCAGUGCCACACUGCGCUACCUGAAGCCUUACACACACUACAAUGUGACUGUCCGUGCGUUUACUCUACACGGACACGGGAACCAGAUUUCUGAUACUCUACAGAUGCUGUCGGGGGAGGAUGUGCCUGGCAGCCCACCAUACGAUUUGUCCUAUGAGUACAUCGGAUCCAGUGAGGUGAAUGUGUCAUGGUCACCCCCGCUUCUCGCAAAUGGCAUCAUCUUGUUCUACAAUGUAGAAUACUGGAAUGCCACACACAGUCUGAACCAAACCACACAAGUGCCUUAUGUCAUCCUGUCCAACCUGCGAAAGUAUGCACGCUACCGUAUCAGCGUACAGGCCGCCACACUGGUCGGCUCUGGAAACCACACGAGCGAGAUCCUGAACAUCACCACACUGGAGGACGUGCCGAGUGGUCCCGUCCACAACCUCACUGCUAUGAUCUAUAGCUCUACAGCUGUUGUGAUCAGCUGGGACCCUCCUCUGGAGCCCAAUGGCAGAGUCUUCUAUCAGCUGAGCCUCCAAGAGGCGGGUACGACCCACGCGUCCAUCAACCGCACAGUCAACAACACCAUCACCAAAACUACCACAGACAACAUCUAUCUCUUUACCAAGCUCAGGAAGUAUUUUCCCUACAUCAUAAAAGUUACCCCAGCAACCAGUGCUGGAUCGGCUUUAAACCACACUGCAAUGCUACCCCUGCGAACAGAUGAAGAUGUCCCAAGUUCUCCUCCAUUGCCUGGAGCUAGUAGGAAUCUCUCCAGCACCUCCAUCUAUGUGUCAUGGUUCCCCCCAGUCGAGGCCAAUGGCGAGAUCAUAAAUUAUACUGCAGUUUUACAAGGUCCUGGCAACGUCAACAAAACCUACACCACUGUAGAAACACACCUAAUGCUCUCAGAGCUCACUCCAUUUACACCUUACAAUCUCUCCAUCGCUGCGGUCACACGCAUAAAUGCCGGUCCCUCCAUGAUUAUUCCACUGCAGACUGAUGAAGCAGUCCCAAUGUCUCCACCACACAAUCUGAGUAUUUUUAACCACACUGUGAAUUCAGUGUGGCUUCAUUGGGAACCAAGUCCAGAGCCAAAUGGAAUCAUCCAGCACUAUGGUUUCCAAAUACUCGAACUAAACACAUACACUUUUAGAUAUCAGAACUCAUCAGAUGCAUCCACACAAGCAGAACUGAGUGGCUUUAGACCUCAUAAUUCAUAUAAUAUCAGCGUGUGCGCGUUCACUAGAGCAGGAAAUGGAGAUCAGUACAGCCUACCGGUCAUAUUCACCACCAAUGAAUCAGUGUCAGAUGCCGUUGGGAAUUUGACCUGCUCUGGAUUGGAUUGGAAUUCAGUGUACAUGAAAUGGGAGCUUCCGAUUCAUCCUAACGGAGAGAUUCUGUACUACAUCAUUCGCUCUGGAGAUCUAGAGGAGGAGGCUCAUCCUCUCAUGCUCACACACACAGUGGCACACACUUUCAUCGGCCUGUCACCUAACAUUUUCUAUGUCAUCAGCGUAGCUGCAGUUAAUUCAGCCGGAAUAGGGGACGAAGCCAACUGUACUGCACACACUCCCCCAGAGUCAGUUCCUGGUCCGCCCCAGUCGCUGAACAUAACGAAUGUUACCUCUGACAGUGUGUCUGUGAGCUGGCAGCGUCCCGUCUAUGUUCCUGGUCUGUUGCAGGGUUAUAAUGUAGAGAUUCAGCAAUUGGCAAGAAAUUGUGAGCCAGAGCAGCACGUGGAGUCCUGUGUGGAGAGAGAGUUUGAGGUGUGGGUUGAAGGAGAAACCAGUGGAGUCACACUUUCCCAUCUGCUGAAAUAUAGAGAUUACAGUAUCAGACUGGUGGCAUUCACCAGGGCUGGAGCCGGAGAACCCUCCAACUGGAUCCACACACAGACACUCGCAGGAGACCCUGAUGCCCCCCCUGGUAACAUAUCAGUGUCUGCUUCUCCCACUGAGUUAAAUAUUGAGUGGGGCGAACCAUCGGUCAUCACAGGACCCACCUCAUACAUCAUUGACAUCGCUGCUUUGGAUAGUUUGGGAUAUAACAUAAGCUUAGUGCGGCAUUCAGAGGAGAACAGGAAGGUGUUUGUCGGGAACCUGACUGCAUUUACCCUGUACUCCAUUACCAUCACCGCCUUCACGGGGCAGCUUUCCAACGCUCGUACAGACGGCAAAGCAUCUGAACCUGUUCUCGUCAGAACCCUGGAGGACGAGCCCAAAGAUCCUCCCAAAAACUUGACAUUGACGGUGAUCCCAGAGGAAGUGACACGUGUUUAUGUAACAUUCUCUCCACCGGAUGAGCCGAACGGAAACAUCAGUGCCUACCACGUUGCUAUCUAUCGAAACGGACAACUGGACUUCUACAUCAACUGGCUGCCUGUGAUCAGUAACUCUAAUAACACCAUGACAGCCAUUAUAGAUGGACUAAAGGGUGGAUUCAAUUACAGCAUAAGGAUUGCAGCUGUGAAUGGAGCAGGUUUAGGACCAAGUUCAGAGGUUCAGGUCACCACAGGUGUGAAAGCACCACCCAAACCGUUGAAGAGGCCACGGGCUGCUCUGAACAACGCAGGUGUCAUCAUCUCUACCUCCAAGACUAUCACCAUUGAGAUGCCAGAAUGUUUCUUUACAGAUGACCAUGGCCCAAUCCAAAAUGUCCAGGUCAUUGUUUCUGAACCAGCAGUGAUGGACUAUGGAAAUCUGUCCAACUGGAAGAGUGUUUUCCUCUACCCUACCGCACCAUACCUGACUGACGAAGGCUUCUUGAACCCAAAGUGCUCGGAGAAAGCAGAGCGCAUGAGCACACACACUAACAUGUAUGUUAUAGGAGCAGAUGAGAGCUGCUUGUCUGAAGAUGCCAAGACACUUUGUAACGGACCCCUUAAACCCAAAACAUAUUAUGUGUUCAAAUUUCGGGCAACAAACAUCCGUGGGCAGUACACAGACUCAGAGUACUCAGACAGGGUCAGAACCGCAGAUGACCGCCUGCUGACCAGAGACGAGCAGAUCAUUCUUGGGGUCCUGCUGUCAUUUUUCCUGGCGUUGUUUUUCAUUCUGAUUAUAUACGGAUCUGUGAAGAUCCACCGCAGGCAGAAGGAAGGUGGGACGUACUCUCCACGUGAGGCAGAGAUCAUCGAGACCAAGUUCAAGCUGGAUCAGCUCAUUACAGUGGCUGACCUGGAGCUCAAAGAGGAGAAGAUUAACCGGCCAAUCAGUAAGAAAUCAUUUCUUCAGCAUGUGGAAGAUCUUUGUGCCAAUGACAAUGCCAAGUUUCAGGAGGAGUUUGCUGAGCUGCCGAAGCUGCUUCAGGAUCUGGCCACAUCAGACGCUGACCUGCCGUGGAAUCGCUCCAAAAAUCGCUUCACAAACAUUAAACCCUAUAACAAUAACAGAGUGAAGUUACUGUCUGAGCCAGGAAUGCCGGGGUCUGACUACAUCAAUGCCAGCUUCGUCUCCGGCUAUCUGUGUCCUAAUGAGUUUAUAGCCACUCAGGGUCCUCUGCCUAGCACCGUCGCAGACUUCUGGAGGAUGAUUUGGGAGACGGGGACCAAAACCAUCGUCAUGCUCACCCAGUGCUUUGAGAAGGGCCGGAUCCGCUGUCAUCAGUACUGGCCAGAGGACAAUAAACCCGUCACUGUUUUUGCUGAUAUCAUAAUCACUAAACUCACAGAAGAUGUGCAUCCUGAUUGGACGAUCCGGGCGCUAAGAGUGGAGAGGCACGGAAGCUACAUGAUUGUUCAUCAUUUUAACUACACCUCAUGGCCAGAACACGGCGUUCCGGAGUCCAGCUCUACACUCAUUCAGUUUGUCAAAGCGGUUCGCUCACACAGAGGCCAUGACAACACAACCAUCGUGGUCCACUGCAGUGCUGGUGUGGGCAGGACUGGAGUGUUUGUAGCCCUGGAUCAUCUCAUUCAACAUGUGAGGGAUCAUGAUUUUGUGGAUAUAUAUGGCCUGGUCGCAGAGCUACGCAGUGAGAGGAUGUGCAUGGUGCAAAACCUGGCUCAGUACAUGUUUCUGCAUCAAAGCACUCUGGAUCUGCUGUCUGCAAAAGGAAACAGUCAGUCCAUAUGGUUUGUAAAUUACUCUGCUCUGGAGAAGAUGGACUCAUUGGAUGCAAUGGAGGGUGAUGUAGAAUUGGAAUGGGAAGAGACGACGAUGUAACAGGGACACUGUUCCUGUCAGUCUGGUGGUUGUGAGGAGACACUCAUUAAAAAUCCAGAUGCUGGGACUUUGGACCCUGGGGCCAAACACCCUGAGCUAAGGAUAAACGAGGAAUACAAUAGCAAACUGGAAUAUUCUCGCCUGAAUGGAUUGUCUCUGUCUCUCAACCUCUCAUUUGCAUCAACCAGACAGCCUCAUCCAUCAAAGUUUUUUCUAAAGUUCUUGUCCAACUUCUGUAAUUAUUUUAUCUCUCCCUAGAAAGUGGUACACCACAUACUUAUGGACUCAAAUGGUUCAAACUCUAAAAAUAUGCCUGUUUCUUAAGGAAGUAGGAAUAUUCAGCAGUCAGGAGUGAGAAAUGAUAGGGCUUUUAUGUCCUGUAGUCAAAUGUAUUUUUAAUGCAGUUAUUAGGGAUGAGAAUCAUAAGGAUUUUUUCCUAAAUGGUUCUCUUAAUGAUUCUUUUGGUAAAUUUUUAUUUUAUUUGGAAAAAUGAUGAGAUAUUUUUAAACAGAACAGUAAUUUAUUUGCAUACAUAGGACAUAUCCUUACACCAAGAAUGGAAAUUAUAAACUAUAACAUAUCUAUAACUCCACAUCAAGUAACGUUGUAACGAGUAACGUUGUGUUUAUUCUAAGCACUGCAGUGAUGUUCUGUG